CCCACCCAAAGGCAAUUAAGGGUAAAGGACGACAAAAAUAUUUGAUAAGCUUUUUUUCUUCUUCUCUCCGUCUUGAGCGGAGCAGGAAGAAACCACAGGGAUGGCGAUGGAGCUAGAAUGAAAGACCCGGGUCUCUGUGGGAGAUGCGUUCCGGAAAAGAUUGUGAGAUAUCCAAUCUGAUUUGGACCGAAAGGCAUCCAGGCUGAAAACGUAGGGACAAAAUACUCGAAAGAGAAGCAGCCCUCACCGUGUGGAAACAGCUGGGGAAAGUUUCCAAACUUACAUCCAAACGUUUUCGAGGGGAUGGCUCUUUGCGCACUGGCACGCACAUAGGAGAAAGAUUUUGUUGAAGUUUUGAGAAGAUCUCCGGGAAACUUUUUUUUUCGUUCUUUUUUUAGGCGCACGCAGGACGUUAAAGCCGCUCUCCCCGCACCCUCGAGCCGGUCCCCUCGUCGAUGGGGGCCGCGCCGGGCUCGGGCUGGGAGGAGGGAGAGUUCGAGUUCAAGUUGGUGUUCGAGGAGGACCCGCCGCAACGCCAAGGCCACCGGCCAUCCCCGGCGCGCACGGCCGAGCCGCAGAGCUCCGUUCCCGGGGAGGAGAGCGAGUGCGCGCUGCGGCGCCUGGAGCCCUCCGGCAGCAGCGGCCCUGUUACAGACAACCACCACUCAAUCGGCGCCCCGAGCCCGCCCCCGUCGGCCAAUCAGCGUGCCGGGAUGCAUUCCCCGCCUCCACGCAGGGCCGCUGCCAGGGACUUCAGUGGGACCUAUGAGAGCCUGCCGGCACGCUCUGUACAGGUUUCAGAGUCUCGUGUGGUCGAAUGUCCCAGCAUCCAGAUAACCACCAUCUCCCCAGAAGACGACCUGGCACCAACCAUCUCCAGCUACUGGGACAUGGGUGGCGGCGGUGGGUGGGACCGAGAGCGCCUCUACCUUCCCCUCCUGGACCCUUUCACCUACCGCGAGAGAUGCCCCGGCUCCCUCAGCCCGAGCCCCAGCCCCGGCUCCAGCCCUUCCUCCCGCGGCUGGCUCAGCCCGGCCUCCAGCUGUGACUCCCUGCUGGUGGAGGAGGAGGAGCUCAACGAGGCCGCCGUCAGCUUCGGGCUCUCGCCGUCCUCGAGGCCCACUUCUCCCGGGGGUAAAAAACGCAGAAACUCUCCCCUGGCCUCCCCCUGCACUUCACGGAGGGGCAGCUACUCGGAAGAGCUGCAGGGAUGUAACCUCGAGGGUAGAGACUCCGCCCCUCAGUCGCAGGCUCCGCCCAGCAGCUGCGAGCUCAGCAUCCCGCAGAAGACGAGGAAGACGUCGUUGGAGCAGUUGUCGUCCAGGGAGGUGGAUCAGGAGCCGGCUCCAGGCCACGGCUCGCCCUGCCCGCCGCCGCCAGACGCCCUGCAGCCCAGGAGAGAUCCCCCUUUGCUGGGAAUGGACUACCUCUCUGUGCCGCCCGCCCUCGCCUGGGGCCGGACCCGCGCCAGCGCCCACAGCCCUCUGUUCAGGUCCAACGCCCUGCCGCCACUCGACUGGCCGCUGCCGCCCCAGUACGACCAGUACGAGCUGCGCAUCGAGAUGCAGCCGCGGCCGCACCACAGGGCCCACUACGAGACGGAGGGCAGCAGAGGAGCCGUCAAGGCCACGCCAACGGGACACCCGGUGGUCAAGCUGUGUGGAUACACGGAGAGGAAGCCGCUCUCCCUCCAAGUCUUCGUUGGAACAGCUGACGACCGGUCGAUCAGGCCACACCCUUUCUAUCAGAUACACAGGGUGACGGGGAAGAUGGUGGGCACCGCCAGUCACGAGAGCGUCCAGGCGGGGACCAAAGUGCUCGACAUCCCGCUCAGCCCCGAGAACAACAUGACGGCGCUCAUCGACUGCGCCGGCAUCCUGAAGCUGAGGAACUCGGACAUCGAGCUGAGGAAAGGGGAGACGGACGUCGGGAGGAAGAACACUCGCGUGCGCCUGGUGUUCCGGGCCCACCUCCCCCUGGCGCCCCCCGCCGCCCCGCCGGGUCGAGUCCUGGCUCUGCAGGCGGCCUCCCUGGCCAUCGAGUGCUCCCAGCGCUCGGCCCAGGAGCUGCCCGUCAUCGAGUCCGUCAGCCUCACCUCCUGCUCCGUGGAGGGGGGAGAGGAGCUUCUGCUGAGCGGCUCCAACUUCCUGGCAAUCUCCCGGGUCCUUUUCAUGGAGAGAGGCACAGAUGGUAAACUGCAGUGGGAGGAGGAGGCUCAUGUUGACCGUGACAGCAGCAAUGAGAGCUUGUUGUGCGUGAGGGUCCCCGCCUACAGCGACCUGUCCGUCACUCGGCCCACGUCGGUUAGUCUUUACGUGUCCAACGGGAAGAGGAAAAGGAGCAGCACCCACUGCUUCAAGUACCUCCCCAUCAUGUUCAAGGAGGAGGACCCGCUGCUGUCCCGCCCCGCCCCGCCACCUCUGGACGGCGGGCCUGCGUGCCCAGUGGGGGGUCGACCCGGUCUGGAGGGGGGCUUCCCCGUGAGAAGCGACCCCAUGGCCGACGAGCGAGGCCUGGGCUUCCGCCUGCCCCCCUACCCCUCCGCCUACUCCCCUCCCUGCCCCGCCGUGGGCUUCCACGAGGAGUACUGCUCCAAAGCCGACGGCGCCGCGGAGGAGCCCAGGGCGGCGCUCUCCGAACGUCAGCCCAGCUUCGAGAACCUGGAGCUGGGCUUCACCGAGCUCCUUCCCCCCUUGUACCCGCGCGGCCCGCAGCCUCCCUCCCCCUCCCCUUCCCCUUGGCUGGACUCCCCAUACCUUUCCUCCUCGCCCUCUCCCUCCCACUCCUCCUCUCUCAGCCCGUUUCCUGCCGGCAGCCCCAUCUCAACCUCCCCUCUGCCUCCCAUGCCCACCUCCCCUUACCCCCAGUACUCUGCUUAUCCUCAGGAUGCGUGUCCCUCACCGCCCUCCAACCACAGCCCUUAUCAGGACAUGUACCCGGCACCCUACCCCCACUACGAGGGCUGGGACCCCCAGGGAAGGGUGCUCGGGAUGGAACACGGGGGAGACAGGGAUGCCAAGAUCCAGGACUGCCCCCUGCAGUUCGCCAGCUCUUCCAUGCACCACAUCACAUUUGAAGAAGUGACGGAGUACAUCGGGGAAGACAUCCAGUCUUUCCAGUCGGUCUCGCGGAUGGACAAUCAGCCAAACUGAGCUCGGAGCAGCUGGUGGGAUAUGAUCAGCAUCAUUCAAAUCUGUUAUGCACUUUGGUAUUAAGAUCCAUUGCUCCAGUUACAUGUGAUAUUGGCAGAGCGGUUCCGAUGGCCAGGAGACUGUCUCUAGAAAUGCCCACAGGUCAUGACUGUUUUAUGUGGUUUUAUAAAGGGAAACUGAUGUUUUCAACAUAUAAAUUAUACAAGAAAG